GCGGACGAAUCCCUGAGCCAGGAAAGGGUGACGUGCCUUUUUUUUGCGGAUGAACACCUUAGCCGCCUUGUGGCUGAUAUAGAGCUGCAGUCACAUUGGGUUCUCAUCACUUUGCUAGUACUGGUGCUGCAGGCUGUGCAUAUCAAGAGCUAUCUGUGUCCAACCUUCACACUAUUUAUUUGUAUGCAACUGAGGCUAAGGAGAAGAGGAAAAAAAGAGCCUCAGAUUAGAGAGUGUUAUCAGAUUCAAACUAUCUGGGAACUACUGUAGGAACUGUCCAGCAGCAUAAGCUUCUGAUCAUGAAACUCCUUUAUAUGUACCUGCUUGGAUUACUUGUCACCAGUGGUCAAGCUCUGUUGCAAGUGACUAUAUCCCUGAGCAAAGUAGAAAUAAGUGUCGGCCAAUCAAAAUAUUUCACAUGCACAGUUAUUGGAGAUCCAGAGUCCAUAGAUUGGUUUAACCCACAAGGAGAGAAAAUCAUGUCAAGUCAGAGGGUAGUGGUUCAGCGAGAAGGCAUUCGAUCAUGGCUAACCAUAUAUAAUGCGAAUGUGGAUGACGCAGGGAUAUAUCGAUGUCAAGCUACAGACUCCAUGGGACACACACAGGAGGCCACUGUUGUUCUGGAAAUUUAUCAAAAGCUGACGUUUGAAGAAGUUAAGUCGCCCCAAGAGUUCAAAACAGGAGAUGAUGCAGAAGUCAUUUGUCGCGUCACCAGUUCUCCGGCACCGAUGGUCAGAUGGCUGAAUAAUGGUUACGAUGUAACGGACAUUGAUGACAGUCGAUUGGCAAUGUUAGCAAACAAUAAUCUCCAAAUUAGUAACAUAAGUAAAAAAGAUGAAGGCAUUUACAGAUGCGAGGGGAGAGUGGAAGUCCGCGGAGAAAUCGACUUUAGAGAUAUCAACAUUAUUGUAAAUGUUCCUCCCGGUAUUCUUAUCCAACAAAGAUCCUUUAACGCAACAGCGGAUCGACACGAGGAUAUUACAAUGUUUUGCCGCGCAACCGGCUUUCCUAAGCCUUAUAUCAGCUGGCACAGGGGCGGGAAAAUGAUUGAAGAAAGUGAGAAGUAUACGUUAAGAAAAGACAACACAGAACUGACCAUCAGAGAUAUUAUAAACAGCGAUGCAGGUUCUUAUGUCUGCAGAGCUACCAACAAGGCAGGCGUCACCGAGAAGCAAUCUUUUCUCCAAGUGUUUGUGCAGCCUCAUAUUGUACAACUACAAAAUGAAACAACGGUUGAAAAUGGCCACGUAACCCUGACGUGUGAAGCAGAGGGCGAGCCGGUUCCAGAAAUCACAUGGAAAAGAUCCAGUGAUGGAAUGACAUUUUAUGACGGUGACAAGAGCCCAGAUGGAAGAAUCGAAAGCGCAGGACAUCAUGGAAAAUCACUUCUGCACAUCAAAUCUGUGAUGUUAUCUGAUGCAGGAAGAUAUGACUGUGAAGCCGCUAGUAGAAUUGGUGGCCAUCAAAAGAGCAUGUAUCUCAAUGUUGAAUAUGCACCAAAGUUUGUUUCCAAUCAAACAAUUUACUAUUCUUGGGAACAUAACCCAAUUAAUAUCAGUUGUGAUGUGAAUUCAAAUCCACCGUCAUCUCUUUACUGGAGCAGAGAUAAAAUUUUGUUACCUGCAAGAAACAUAACAAAUAUAAAAACUUAUAGAGAUGGAAAGAGGAUACUGCUGGAGAUAACACCAUUAUCAGAUAAUGACUUUGGACGUUAUAACUGUACAGCGAUCAAUUCAAUAGGGUCUAGAAUUCAGGAAUAUAUACUUUCAUUGGCUGAUGUGCCUUCCAGUCCCUCUGGCUUGCGUGUUAUAGAGUUGUCACAAGCAUAUGCCAAGAUUUUUUUCAAUAAGCCGGACUCUCAUGGAGGAGUACCUAUCCAUCAUUACCAAAUGGAUUACAAGGAAGUGUCUUCGGAAGUUUGGAAAGUUGUCCGCUCCCAUGGAACUCAAACAAUCGUGGUUCUUGGAAAUUUGGAAGCAAACACAACAUAUGAAGUCAAAGUCGCUGCUGUAAAUGGAAAAGGACAAGGAGAAUACAGCAAAACUGAAGUUUUUCAGACACUUCCUGUUCGUGAACCAAGCCCACCAUAUGUUCAUGGACAACCAGGUGGUGGGAAAAGUUUUAAACUAAGCAUCACAAAACAGGAUGAUGGAGGUGCCCCAAUUCUGAAUUACGUCAUAAAAUAUCGAAGUAAAGAUAAAGAAGAUCAAUGGCUUGAAAAAAAAGUUCUAGGAAAUAAAGACUACAUUAUUUUAGAACAUCUACAGUGGAAUAUGGGAUAUGAAGUUCAAAUAACUGCGACAAAUAGGCUUGGUCAUUCUGAACCAGCAACCUAUGAAUUUACAAUGCCACCAAAACCUAAUAUUAUUGCAGAUACUCUGUUCAGCGGGCUUGGAGUUGGAGCGGUCAUUGGCUUAGCAGUAGCAGCCAUUCUCCUUAUACUUGUGGUGACUGAUGUCAGUUGCUUCUUCAUGAGACAAUGUGGCUUACUCAUGUGUAUCACCAGGAGGAUUUGUGGCAAAAAGACGGGUUCCAGCGCAAAAAGCAAAGAACUAGAAGAAGGGAAAGCUGCUUACUUGAAAGAUGGAUCAAAAGAACCAAUAGUAGAAAUGAGAACAGAGGAUGAAAGAAUUACUAAUCAUGAUGGAAGUCCUGUAAAUGAGCCCAAUGAAACAACUCCACUUACAGAACCAGAGAAGCUGCUUUUGAAAGAAGAAAACGGCAAAGAAGCUCUGAGCGCGGAAACAAUUGAAAUCAAAAUAUCAAAUGACAUCAUUCAGACGAAAGAAAGCGACAGCAAAGCAUAGCAUGGAAAAAGUCUCAACCUUUAAGGGAAACCUACGACGUGACCCCCUAUAUAAAUGCUCUGCUGCAGACAAUUAUUAGCUAAUAUUAGCUUCAAUUGUCGGUACAAGUGUCCAUAUCUGAACUACUCACAUCUACUGUACUCUUUGGUUUUGUUGAUAAAUUUAGUUUGUCUGACUGAUAACAAUAUAAAUGUAUAAAGUUGGGAAAUGACUGCAAAAAUUCUUUAAUUUAUUAUAAAAUAAAGUGUUCUAUUUAUAAAAGAUCUUCUUUUUCCUCGUUACAAAAAAAAUGCGUCCAGUGUUUGGCAAUGAUGCUGUAAUAUAUAAUGCAUACUAUUUCACAUGUAUUGCUUGUUCGGUCACUCUUAAUUAUUAUUCGUGGUUUUUCUUUUUACCGAUAAUUUCAUGAAAAAAUAUUUCAUGUGUUGUAAAUAAAAAAAAAAAAAAAAAAAAAACAGAAAUAUAAUCUAUACCUAUAAAAAUUGAAACUGACCAUGAUGGGCUAUACAAUGUAUGGAUUUGUUUUAUUAGACAUCAUAGAAAACUGAAAUUAUUUUACUUAUCAAAAUUAUUUUCAUAUCCUUUCCUCGGAAUUUGAUUUUAGAUGAAUUUACCAUACAGUACAGGAUCUCCACUAUAAAUAUGUGAAUUUACCGGACUUUCCAGCUAAAAUUAUGGAUAUUUGUUCACGAUUGAUUUUAACAUUAUAUAGACUUCCAAGACAAGCCAAGAUCUCUGUCUACUAAUACACUAUUUUUUUUCUAUGGUAUAUAUUUCUAAAAAUGUUUAGGCAAAUGCAUUCCAUGUUAAUUAAUUGUAAUUUGUUUAGGAAAUAAACCAAUUUAUGUAGA